CCUCUCCCUCUCCUCUAUCUCUCUCCCUCUCCCUCUCCCUCUCUAACCUCCCUCGGCGACAGAGGCCCUCGUCUUCUCUUCUCCGCCAUCUGUAGAGUAAAAAAGCUAAUUUCCGGCGAAACAAAGAUUCAAUUGGUUCAUUUAUCAUCCGAUUACAGGUCAUUUUCUCCAUUUUAUCAAGAUGUCUUCGCUGAUUGCAAGUACCAUUGCCACCCCAACUAUGAUACCACAAGUGAGAUCAGAGUCUCUUUGGACGAGGCAGGCCAAACUUAGUGGAUCUUGUGCAGUAGGGCUAUGGCCACGUACCUCACAGUGUCAGCCCUUUGAUAGAAGACGACCCGUUACACAUGCCAUUCGGAUGAAGUCUGCUUCUUUAAUAUGCGCUGCUGCUCUGAAUGCAAGAUGUGGUGCAGAGCAAACCCAAACAGUUACGAGGCAGCAAUCAACUAUUACUAUUGCUCCUAUUCAAGGGAAGGAAAAAUCGCCGGAUCUCGAUGAUGGUGGAACUGGACUUCCACCCCGUGACGAUGAUGGUGGUGGUGGUGGAGGAGGCGGUGGAGGCGGCGGCUGGAAAGGCGGCUUCUUCUUUUUUGGCUUUCUUGCUUUUCUAGGCUUCUUAAAGGAUGAGGAAAGUGAAGGGCCUUACCGAAAUGGUGGUAGGAGAUGAUUAAGAGUAUUGCGAGUUUGACGAAACUUGAAGCAUUCGGUCAUGCUCCAUGGUUAUAUUUUGCUUUUUUUUUUUCUCUUUUUUAGCUAGUGAGAAUGAUAAUUACGCAAAGACGCCAACUCAGUCUUCUUGUAGCAACACUCUUCCUUGGAAGAUCUAUUAUUAUUUUUUCCA